CGGGAAACCGAGCGGGCGCCUCAUGUGCAAAUCUUUUCGAAUACGUCCGAAAUGAAUGGUGUACGGUAGAAAACGGGAAUUUAUUUAGACGCGUAUGUGGGUGAUGGCGUGCGUGCAUCGAGUAGAAGGAUCAAACGAUUUAUUUUUAAUUAAAAUUUAAGUGAAUGUUUUGAUGACAAAAUGCUUGAUGAUAUAAGUGAAACAAAGGCCACAAUGCAAGCGGAUGAAGUAGACGGGGUGAUUUGCAAGGAAACAGAUUUAAUACCAACUGAAAUGACUUUCAAAGUCGAUGAAGAAGUUAAACAUUCCAAAUUCAAAGUCGAACCUCACAUAGACGAAAUUGGUACGGAGGCAGAAACGACGAGAUAUAAAGGUAUAAACUUAGAAGAUGAUAUCGAAAAAGUGGAAGUUAGUAGCCCGGAAUCCUCAGAAGACGAAGAUUUUGAUAGUACCCCAUCGAUUAAAGACGGCGAUUUGAAUUUAUUCAAUAAAAUUCCUACGCAAAAUCCGAACGAUUCCAUCAAAACUUGGUUGCAGAAAAUAACAGAAGUACAAAAUGAAAUGCAGAAGAAGUACCUUAGUGGUCUAGGAGGAAACGUUCAAAUACCUUUAAAUUCGUUAAUGAAUAAUCCUCCUCUAAUAAACGCACCAGCGAGUUCAUCAACACCAAACCCUAGCAGAGUAGUUAAAUACCAAGACUUGCCUUACAUGGGCGAAAUGACCCUGGAUAAUUCGAAACCAAGAAGAGGCAGGAAACCUAAAAAAGCAGAUAUUUGCCACUUAAUUUACAAAAACUAUGGCACUAUAUUCCCCGGUACUCCAAAUCCAGGAAGCUACCUGGAAAAAGAAAAUAACAUUUUCAAAAAAUCCGACCUUCCUGAGAUUAAAGAUGGGGAAUUUAACCGGAGUGACGUACAGCAUAGAAUUAUAUCUAGUUUAUUAGAAAAAAGACUGACACAAGAAUACAACAGAAGUAAAGACGCGAAGAACACUCACAACGAUAAGAGAAAAGAUAAAACAAACCAAGAGGAACCUUUAAAUUUAUGUAUAAGAGACUUAAAUCACUUAAAAAUAAGACUGUUAAAGAAACACGAUAACACUUAUACCUCUGAAAUUAAAUCUGAACCACAAUCAGAUGACGAUAUUGAGAUGAUUCAGGAUUCAAGUCCCAACAACCAAAAAGGAGAGCCAAAGUUUCCUUUAUUCCCUCCUGAAGGUAUGGACCCCCUUAAAACAGCCGAUGGCACAGCAGGUCCAGGAGGAUACGUUUAUUGGUCCAAUGCAGGAGUUUUCAUCCACCCUGUUGCACUGCAGCAACAGUUAAUGAUGUACCAAAGAAUGGCAGCAGGUAACAGUUACAUACUACCAACUAACCACAGUCCAAAACCGCCUCCUGAAACAAGCACCGGCGCUAGCAAGGAAAACGGGUCAAACGAAUUAAGGAAGCUGGUACCGAAAUCUAUCAAACCGAAACCAAAUUCUCCUAAAGUAGACAGCAGAGAAGAAAGCACUCCCUCGCCUCAAGCACAGGAUAUAAAGAAACGAAAUGCUCCCAAUUCUGAGAAUAGUAAAACACCUACCAAACGAAAAAGAUCGGCGAUUUUUAUACCACCUAUACCCACAGAAAACAACGCCAAUCCUGCCACUGAGGUCAGCAUCUGCAAAUUCAAAUUCACUGGCGGAGCUAAGCCUAGCCUGCAGGAAAAGAAGAUGCUAUCGGUGGACUCGGGUGGAAAUUUUAGAUAUUACAGCGGAACAGGCGAUAAAUCGAUGAGAGGCUACGAAUUCUUCCCCAGAGAGACUCUCCAGCAGCAAAUCAAUAACACCCACGGGUCAUCGACGGGCGCUUUCCUGCAAGCGACGGGAGAAAAAAUUUUCCCAUCGCCUCCGCCGGAUUUCGCCGGAGUAAAAGCCAGCCCCGAGUUCCUACUCGGUCCAGAAAUUCCGACGACGCCUUUCCCAUCGGCCCAAACUUCUAGUCACGACCUCCAAAGGAUGAAGAAGAGGAAAUCGCGAAAGAGCAUCCAAAGGGAAAAGUUGGAGCAAACGUUCAAGGAGAAGGGGUUUCUGAUUCAGACGCAACAAACUGAAAACGCCGAGGGGGCGACUUACUGUAAAUUCAGGCAGCUGCGGAAGUUCACCAGGUAUUUGUUCAGGUCGUGGAAGGAUUAUUUGCCAGGGAAUAUUGCUGAGGACCAGCAAGGCAAACCCAUUCUACCGGAAUCCAGUGAAUUGUCUAGGGACAACACAGACGAGGCUUCGGUGCAUUCUAGUGAAGUAUCCGUCAGCAACGCGUGAUCACAGCAUUUAUAUUAACAAUGUUUCAACAGAUGAAAUAAUUGCUACAUUUAGUAGUGUUACUUGGAACGUUUGGUGCUAUAUUUAUAGAAAAUGUUUUGUUUUAACCAAAGAUUAAAGGAGUGAAUGCUUUUGUUGGACAAUGUGUUGAAGUUAACUCGAAUAAAUUUUUUGAUUAUUGAUAUUAUUACCAAAUGGAUAUGGUGAACUAAAUCUAGUCCGUACAGUGUUAUUACUUAGUACUAUGUACUCUAAACUUUGUUAAUGUAAAUUAUAAUUAAAC